AUGAUGUCUUCUGCAGUACGACCCACGCACUCAACAUGCGAACUCAGCAGAGAUAUGAGAUCAACGUCUCAUCUUUGUGAUCCAGCGGAUACGUAUCUAACAAAACAUCGAUGCCCCAGUCAUAUAAUGAGAAGAACAAACAGUUAUAACCCUGAAAUGGUUUCCGAUCAGAUGGAACGGUUCGAUGCACGGAUUGACCAGCUGAAUUCCCAACCGGUAACGGUUAGUGAGUCUGGACCUCGCGAACGUCGCCGCAGCAUUUCAGUACCAACAUCGUGGGCGACACUAGCGAGAGCCAGAAACGGAUAUAAACGAUGCUGGAGCCUGCACAACGAGUAA